AUGGCGAGCUGGGUCGCAUUGAAUGUUGAGCCUGACGAUGCGAUCGAGGAGGAGGUCGACGAUACCAAGGAGCUGCAGAUCGAAGAGGCCUUGAAGCUGUACCACAGUGCUUUGAAGCUACACUCUCAAGGCCCAAGCUUCUAUCCCCAGGCCGCCGAGGCAUACAAUAUCCUACUCGAUUCCGAAAUCUUUAAAUACCCAGAGUCUCUGUCCGAUUUCAAGAGGGGAGUGCUGGACGAUGCACAGACCCAAGAGGUACCUGGAGAAACCAAUGCAGAGUCUCUGACCGAGUACAAUGCCAACGACUCCGCUUCCAGUCUAUUCCAAACGUUAUAUCUGUCCUAUAAGAACCACGGCAAAUUUGUUCUCGAUUCGGUACAAGACUCUAUACAGACAACGCCCGAAACCCGCGAAACUCCCGAAUCCAAACAAGAAACACAGGAGAAGUUGACAGACGCAUCUAGAAAGGCGUUGAUAUCAUUCGGAGAUGCGCUGGAACGAGAUGACUCGGAUCUCAACCUGUGGAGACAGAGCGCAAGGCUGAGCAGCGCUUUACACAGCUACCGGCUGUCUCGAUACUGCCUGGAGAGUGUGCUUGCAGAUGAUGAAAAUCGGUUGGAGUUGAGACCAGAACAAUUGGGACUGGAGGAGGUAUUCGCCGAGCAACGUUUGAGAUCGACACUGGAAUCACUAUUCGACAAGCUGUCUGCUUCACAGAUCCCUGACAAGCGACCCAAGAAAGCUCUCAUGAAAUAUUUAAAGCAGCAUGAAGAUCCGUACCCGAACCUUCCGACCCUUCCAGCUGAACUGCAACAUGUGGAUUCGUCCAAAGGGCCUCUAGCCCUGCACGCAACACGCCGGGAAAUUGUUCCCCGUGAACCAACUUGGGAAUCUAUCGGAAAGGCACUUCUAGAAACCCUCGAUGAGGAAGAUAAAUCCACCUUGGCCGAUGUCCCCAGUCAAUCUAUUGCCAUCUCAUUUCCGGCGAGACGCUCUCCGGAUCAAGAUCUGCCGGACCCCACAUUGGAGACAGAAAUGGCGUUUGAUACGGCAGAACCGGAGAUCAAAGAUGCCAGUACAGAGCAAACAGAAGCGGCCACCGCACAAACGGCCGAGAAUGAGGUCAAUGCGGAGCACGGCGCACCCGAGCAAUGCGAAGAGCAAUCAUCCAUCGACCAAAGUGCUGAAAAGCAAUUGAUGGAAUCACUCGAGCGUCAUUCCCCCCACGCUCAUGAACAACAAGCUGGACAAGAAGAAAGUACUGUGGAUGAUGUUGAACCAACAUCUACCAUCGAUGCUCGUAAGAGAUCGUCUGCUUCAGCUGCGAAUGACGAACCGGAGGGGGGCCGCAUGAAAAGCAGGCGCACACGGGCUCGAGAGUCGAAUGCAGACUCUUUGGCCCCCCUCGAAGAAGUCACUUUUGACCAAGAAAGAUACUAUGCGGACCGUCUCGAAGUCUUCGUCAAUGCCGAUGAUUGGAUGUUCAGCACUGUCGAUUCCUUAUUCUCCAAGGUCGGCGUCGAAGCACUCGGUAGCAUCGAGAGCCUUCGUCAAAAGUCCCCGUCAAGCAUUGAGUCAGCCGACAUUCCGGACGACCCGGAGUCAAGGUUGUUUCACGAUCUUCGAGGUCUCAUCAAAACUUGGGACGACCAAAAAUCUCGAUUGAUGCAGAAAAAAGAUGACAAGUCACCGUUGAAAGACAUCCGCGGUACAAGCAAGUCGGGUCUGGCUGUGUUCCUUGAGCACUCAAGGAAAGGUACUCGGAAAUCGCUCAUCGAAGAAGAGCUGCCUUCGGGUGAGGAAGUACACAAGCUUCUUCAUGUGGUCAACUCUGACUGGCUUCACUCUCAUGACACCGUUUUUGAGUGGCUCAAAUGUCUUCUUAUGCCUCAUUUUGGUCAAGAAUCCUCUGACUGGUCAACUGCACGAUCAACAUAUACCGCCUAUCUUUGGCCGCAGGAGUUGAAGGAAACACUUGUACAACUCCUGGUCCGAGAAGAUGAACACAUUCACCGAACUUGUGUCGAGCUUAUCGCAGACCUGGAGCGUCGAGUGCUAGGGUCCGGUGAUCAAGCAGUCUUCCAAUAUCAAGCCAGAGAUCUUUACGAAUUGGAGAUGAUCCAGACUAUUUACGAGCUCCAUUUGGACAUCUUCUCUUCAGUAGAGGAUCCAAGCAGCGAAGCAGCCGAAGAAACCCGACUUGCGCAGCGGGAUCGGUUGGCUCGCUGGGGCAUGCUGGCCCGGACAUCUAUCGACCAUUUCGUCGAUAACGGUCCAUCUGGACAAUGCCAACAGAACCUGACUCUUCGGCACCUUUGGGCUUCUGCAUUCCAUGUCAACCUUGCUGGAGAUGCGCAGCGAGAGCAUAUCUUGCUUUGUCUUCAAGACUUAAAGCAGAUUCUUCAAUCACUUGGCAACCCAAGUUUCAGCCUGGUCAAUAAUUCCAUCAUGUCAGAGUUGUCCGUGGCUGUGAUAGACCAAGAAGUCUUGAAGCUGAAGUGCAUGGAUUUCUUUGCCAAGGUUUUCAACUCCGAUUCUGAAGAUCCGGUUAGUCUGAUUGAGGCGAUCGAGCCUAUCCUGGAGCCUUCAUCGAUUGAAUAUGCCGAAAAGCCAGCAGAGACUGACAUGAGUCAUCCGACCUCACACCUGAGCGAGAUGGCCGCCUUCCUUGACAGAGGGGAUGCUACUCUGCGAUUGUUCCUCUGGAACAGGCUCCAAGAAGCCUAUCAGGCCAUUGACUACCCGCCUAAGGUUGUUUCCUGCUACUUGCGGAGUAUAGAAGUGGUUUUGACCGAGCUUGAAGCGGCCAAGCACAAAGAAGAAACAAAUCAAAAUCGUCAAGUUGCUCUGUUGGGCUGGCUCAAAGCUCUUGACAGCAUCUUAGCCAAAGCGAUUCCCCUGGUUCUUGAAGAGUCCGACAAGGCAUUCGACUGCUUCGAUAUGGAGCAUGUACAAACAUCUAUGUCUGCCGUGGCUCGGCUGUCCAGGCUCUUGCACAGCUUUGUCCUCCACGAGGAUCUAGUGCGAGUUGGUCAAGUCUCUGGCCGUGAAUUCCGCGGUGCAUUGGCAAAAUCGCUUGAGAACUUCAAAGACCGAAUGCGAGAAAUGUACGUUCGCUGCUGGAUCUUGCAAUACACGAUGUUCAUGGAGGCGGUUUCUCAGAAUAAGGAUACGUUUAGUGAUCCUUUAGAAGACCGAAUCCAUUUCCUUCGUUGCGUUCACAAUGCACUGGGCGUACGUUCAAUGUGCAGAUACUCGCAGAAGAAAUUCUUGAAGCUGCUGAAAGCAGAGCUCUUUCGGCUCAACACCCAAGGAGACUACGAAUUCGACACAAGUCAAUUACUUCUGGAUCUCCACGGAAUCAAGUUCUCACCGUUCGAUGGCACCGUGGAUCACGGAUGUCCCCCUGAAAAAUUAGAUCGCCCAACGGCGAUCAUGAUGAUCGACUUUGUCUUGCAGCAAGCCAACAAGAUGAAUAUGAAAGAUCUAUCCAAAUCUGAGUUGAAGACGACGAUUGAGAAGAUGCAACAAGCAAUUGGCCCUGCGAAGGCCAACUCAUCAACACCACAGUUAACCUUCAACCGUCGGAUCAUCAACGCCUAUAUCAAAACCGCCAUCAACCCGACUCAUCUUCUUCGCGCUGUUCAAGGAAUCACGGAGCUUUCAACAACGAUCGUUCCCACGGAGAACGCCAAGAUCGCUGCAAAGGGCUGGUUCUUCCUUCUCGGUCAUGCCGCACUCACCAAAUUCCGAUCACAAAAGCGCAUCACCCCUGGCUCCACAUCAGAGCUUGAUGACGCUAUCACCUAUUUCAGACAAGACCUGGAUCAUGGAACUGAGAGAUGGGAGUCAUGGUAUCGACUUGCCCAGACUUACGACUCAAAGUUGGACGAAGAGAUCACCUGGGCUGCCGACAAGAUCAACAAUAAUCGUGCUGAUCUAGCAACGCUACAGCGACACGCUAUUCAUUGCUACACAAUGGCCAUUUCAACGGCCAUCAGAACUGCGGAUCCGACGGCUGAGACCAGAGACAUGAUGUCAGAUCUUUACUCCGAUUUUGGCCUGCGCAUCUAUGCGUCCUCUCGUGAGCCACUGUCGAUGGGUGCAUUCAGUGUUGCGGAAUUCCCUCGUCAUUUCAGCAGCGAAGAAAGCCAACAGAUGUACAAAGGGAUGCCAUUCAAGGAAAUGUCGCUGUACUCGGCGUGGAACUUUGCAAGGAACCUUCUGAAACGAGCGACAGGCGACAAAACCAAACGAUGGAUGACACACUACACGCUUGGUAAAUGCCUCUGGAAGAUGUUCUGCAGCGAUGAUUCUUUACGGACGUCGUCCAAGAAGGUCGAAUUCCAGGAGGUUGUCAAUGCUCUUCUGAAUGCAAUUAAUGCACUCCCUCAGCGAAGGGACUCGCGCUCUGACCCGAUCUUCGAGCCUCACUUUAAGCUGUUUUCCGUUAUCCACAAGGCAGUCCUGCGCGGGCAUAUGACUCCCGCGGAGGGAAGCAAGACUUUGCAAGCGGUCCCAUGGGCCCGUAAAGUCGAUGCACCGGAGCAGUUGGAGGGAUGGAAUCCGUAUAUAAUGGAAGUUCUCAAGAAGUUCAAGAGUGCAGACAAGUCCAACUGGCAUCACCGCAUGAGUACCAAGGCUGCGCAUAUUCUCUAUGACGAGCAGCGCAACGCUUCUGCUGCUCUUGCUGCCAAACAAGAGCUUUCUCAGAUCUUCACCAAAACUCUCACUAUCCAGGUCUGGCGACCUGAGUUCGAACGCCCUGGUCGGCAUUUCGUAUAUACGACACGCUACGUCUACUUCUUCGUAAGCUUGCUUGAUCAACUCGACGAUCGCACAAGUCUGGAUCAACUGCUCCGCCGCGUGAGAAAGAAGCAAGGCGAUUUCUUCCUUCACUCCAAACUAUGGGAGGACUGUUGCCUCACAUAUGCACAGUUAAUCCGCCGCGCAGCCAAAAUCAACGAAGGCCACGAAGAAGGAGUCUUCAAACCAAUCGGCUGGGAAGAAUUCUCCACCAAAACAGCCCGUCUAGAUAGUCUCCCCCAACUAGGCGCAGAAAGCCAACCGAUCCUCGAACUACUCCGAGAAGCCCUCGAGCUCAAAAAGCUCAACAACAACUUCAUGAAAAUAACCAUGUUCGAAGACCUGAUUGCAGAUCUCUAUGCACGACUUUACGAAAUCAACAUCUCCCAUCUGGUCGAGCAAGUCCCUGACGAAAAUAAAGAAAAGAUGAAAGUCGACCAUCUCCUCAUGGGUGCAGAUGUGCAAAAUGAUCCUUCAACACCUGUCCCCUCUGUUCCUGCAUCUGAUACGCCUGCUCCGCGCGGUAGGACCAAGGGCAUUGCUCGUCGUGAUAUUCAAAAACGCGCUGAUACUAUCGUUAACACGAAGUUGGCGCCGAGACUUCCGGCGAGCAAGGUCGCUGCGGCUGAGGCGGAACAGAACACUCCUGCUCAGGUUGAUUCUACGCCUGCAGGGCCUACCUCUGCACCGCGUGAGUCUCAGGCUGCACUUCCUGAUGGGAAUGCGGAACAACGGGACGAGCGAGAUGGCGAGGAGACGGAAAGUGAAAUUGAGGAUACGAAGCUUGAAGAAGGGACUUCCAGAUUAUUCCCUCUUGCCGCUGAUGCGGAAGAAGGGGAUACCGAAAACGACAAUGAGAAUGAGGGCGAAGGCGAGGGUGAGGGCGAGGAGGGAGACGGUGAUGAGGCAGAUGGAGAAGAUGAGGAAAUGCAAGACGAGGAAACCAAAUUGGAGGACGAGGAUGAAACGCAAGAUGAGGAAACAAAGCUGGAAGAUGAGAAGGAUGGUGAUCAAUCUGCCAAUGAUACUGAGACUGAGCCUGUCAAUGGGAACUCGGAGGCGGCAGAUCAGGAUGCAAUGGAAAUCACUGCCGAUUCCUGA